AUGACCGCUCUGUCAGCACCUCACGCCAAGCCCUCCUCAACCUCCACGCCCUUAUCCUGCGCCAAUCGAUAUGCAGCAGGUCUGCGCCGGAACAAGGAAUGGGCUGCACAGACAGCCCGCAACCAGCCCGAGCUUUUCCCUACCCUCGCCUCCGGCCAAACACCGCAGAUCCUGUGGAUUGGGUGCUCCGACUCUCGCUGCCCGGAGACCACCUUCCUGGGUCUCGAGCCCGGCGAUGUCUUCGUGCACCGCAACAUUGCCAACGUCCUCCACCCGGGCGACCUCAGCUCCUCCGCCGUUAUCGAAUACGCCGUGCAAUACCUGCGGGUCAACCACGUCGUGGUGUGUGGCCACACAUCCUGCGGUGGCGUGGCGGCCGCCCUGGGCAACAAGAACCUGGGUAUUUUGGACCCGUGGCUGUUCCCCCUUCGCCAGCUGCGUGAGCGCAACCUUAAACUUUUGCAGUCAAUGCCUAGUGAAGAGGCGGCGGGGAAGCUGGCUGAGUUGAACGUUCGCGAGGGCUUAAACAUUGUCAAGCAGAAGAGUGUUGUGUUGAAUGCGAUUCGGGAGCGGGGACUCCAGCUCCAUGGCUUGAUUUAUGAUGUUGGAUCGGGUGUGCUCAGUGAACUGGACACUGAGGACUCGGAGGAAGUUAUCAGGGCUCGUCUGACGGCUUUCCAGACAGAGUGA